AACAGUCGCCACCGAGGCUGCUGCCGCUUCGCCACACAGCGAGUCCGCUCUCCGCAGCCACACAGCCUACAGGCUACAGGGCCGUAGCAGAGCAGCGCGCGCCAUGUCCCUUGCCGCCGCCGGCGCGCGGGCCUCCCUUCUCCCCUCCCCCCUCGCGGCCUCCUCGUCCCUCCCGCGGCUCCUCGCGCUCCCGCCCCGCCACCGCCGCCCGCACGGCUCCCUCGCCUCGCCGCCGGCCGCGGGCAGGCGGCGCCGGCUCCGGGUGCGCAUGGCCAGGACAGAGUCCACCGGCGUCGCCGUCGGCUUCCGCGCGCCGGAGUUCGAGCUCCCGGAGCCACUGACGGGGAAGCUCUGGACAUUGGAUGAUUUUGAGGGCAACCCCGCACUGCUGGUUAUGUUCAUAUGCAAUCACUGUCCAUUUGUAAAACAUCUGAAAAAGGAUAUUGCAAAGCUCACCUCUUUCUAUAUGGAAAAAGGACUUGGUGCUGUUGCCAUAUCGUCGAACUCAAUAAGGACACAUCCCCAGGAUGGUCCAGAAUGCAUGGCUGAAGAAGCAAAAUUGUUCAAAUAUCCUUUCCCAUAUCUUUAUGAUGAGUCUCAAGAAGUAGCUAAAGCUUUCAGAGCAGUCUGCACGCCAGAGUUUUACUUGUUUAAAAAGCAGGAUGGACGAAGGUUUUUUGAACUUUUCUACCAUGGACAGUUCGAUGAUUCGAGACCCAGUAACAAUGUGCCAGUAACUGGAAGGGAUCUAAGCCGUGCAAUUGACUGUGCGCUCAGUGGCCAAGAAUUGCCUUUUGUAGAAAAACCUUGUGUUGGAUGCAGCAUCAAGUGGCACCCAUGAAAACCUCAUAACAUUGGGGGCGUGGUGAGAAAUAUACGGGUUGUCUUUUUUUUUUCACUUUCAGAAAUAUACGGGCUUCGAACAUUUGAUUGAGGUGGGUCCAGCUCCAUUGUUCGCAUCUCUAUGUCCCUAGGCUGUCGAGACUCACUUGAAAAUCAGCUCCUUGGUACAGAAUUAUGCGGGAGAAAUAUGUGAAAGUUUUCAUUGUAUAACAUGAGCAUCAAAGCAAUAGUGUAGCGCUAGCGUAGAGAAAGGCCCGUGUAAUGUGUAAGCAAGCAUGUACAAAAAACAAGUUCUUUACUUGUACUCUUUUGUAGGAGGUCCUCUUAACGCGGUAAUAUGAAAUAUGAAAAGGAAGUGACAUUACCUAUCA